UUUUCUAUUGUCUUGUCCUUUUCACUCUUCACUUUCACUUAUUAACUAACCGAGCCGAUGGAGCCGGAGGAAACCGCCGUCGCCGUCGCGGACGACGGGAGCGGCGACGAGGGGUUGCUCGGACUCGGCGGCGGCGGAAGCAGCAGCGGCGGCGGCAGGGACAGAGUGAAGGGACCUUGGUCGCCGGAAGAGGACGCCAUUCUGAGUCGUCUUGUGAGCAAGUUCGGCGCCAGAAAUUGGAGCCUCAUCGCGCGCGGGAUCAGCGGAAGAUCCGGCAAGUCCUGCCGCCUCCGGUGGUGCAACCAGCUCGACCCCGCCGUUAAGCGCAAGCCCUUCACCGAUGAGGAGGACCGAAUCAUAGUUGCUGCACAUGCAAUCCAUGGGAACAAAUGGGCAGCCAUUGCCAGGCUUCUACCAGGAAGAACGGAUAAUGCCAUUAAAAACCACUGGAAUUCAACUUUGAGGCGUCGGGGAGUUGAACUUGAUAAGAUUAAAUUAGAAUCUGGUAACUUCAUGGAAGAUGUGAGCUUGGACAAAGCCAAAGCAUCGUCAGAAGACACACUAUCAUGUGGGGAUGUUAAUUCUUUUAAAUCCUCAGAAGGAAGAGAUGUCAGUUCUGUGGAGAUCAUGGAUGAUAAAAAUGAAGACAAAGCACAAACUGAGGGUCAAUUACACCAUGAAGCCAGGGACCCGCCUACCCUUUUUCGGCCAGUAGCACGCGUGAGUGCCUUUAGUGCGUAUCACUCAUUUGAUGGCAUACAGCCUUCAGCAUCAAUUCAAAGACCUGUUCCGAUGCAAGGACCCAUUUUACAAUCAACAAAACCAGAUAUGGAAUUUUGUAAAAUGCUUGAAGGAAUUUGUGGUGACCAGUCAGUGCCUCACCAGUGUGGACAUGGUUGCUGUGCAGCUCAAAAUGGUAAAAAGUCCAAAAGCUCUUUGUUGGGACCAGAAUUCAUUGAAUUUUCGGAACCCCCAUCUUUCCCAAAUUUUGAGUUGGCUGCAAUAGCUACAGACAUUAGUAACCUUGCUUGGCUUAAAAGUGGAUUGGAGAAUAGCAGUGUUAAAAUGAUGGGCAGCACCUCUGGCAGGGUAAUAUCUAAUGGAUCUCAAGUACAUAUUGGCCAUUAGAGUGCCAAAUAAAUUAGCAUUCCUACUUUGAGGGAGGACUGGAUGAUGGGCGUGAUGAAGGCUAUAGUGGUGACAAUACAUUUUCCUUGCAAAUGUAAUUAGGCAACCAAAGUUAUGUGAAUCACUGUUACAGUGUAAAUGGAUUCACUAGGUAAAAGUAGAAUGUGGGGUUCAUGAGUUGAAGGAACAAUUAUUUUGUUUUUCCGGGCGUUGACUGAUUAGGACUUGAUUUUGGAACCUGUAAUUGCUAAAAAGAUUUGGUGGUAGAAUAGGCGAAAAUUACUUGCAUUUCAAUCGGUUUGAGUUGCUGCUGUGACUGUGAUGCUGUUCACUUUCUAACAGUAAGUGAACCUCGUCGGUGUUAAAAGUUAAUGGCACCUUUUGUGAAACCAAAUCAAUGCCGAAGAGUUAUUUGUUAUUUC